GUUUAAUGGAUGACUGUGCUGUGCCUGUGUGAAUAUCAAAACUUGACCUAGUCCAAACUCAAAGGUUAGGCUUGUUAAGGCCACAAAGUAAACUUAGUCAUUUACAGGGGUCAUAAUAACUAACUCCCCUGCAGAGAGGUGCUCACAGGAGCUGGCAGGCAGGCUCUGCCCUGUUGCGGCGGACUUGCAUGACCACCUUGUGACCUGUUGUAACCGAGUCGUGUUCAUUUCCACUGCUCAUUAUAGUUGCUCAAGCAGCAACUGUAAGUCUCGGUGGGACCACAACCACAGGCCUCACCAGACCAGCCACAUGAUGUCUCUGUGAAGUCUGGUACCUACAUUCCAACACAGAAGCCGAGGCUUGGGCAGCAAGAACGUCAUGCUGCCCUGGGCCCAUGUCCUAAGGACCACAUCCUAGUGCUGCUCCUGGGAUGUUCAUCAGAGACUCCCUGAAGCUUGACCGAAGUCCCAGGCUGGGCUGGAGGGAGUUAGCAUUUCUCACCUUCAUCAUCUGCUCCUACUCCUGAAGCCCAACUCUUCUCCAAAAACUCCUUCAUUCCAUAAAUAAUCUUGAUUUGAGUCCCUAGAAGGUCCCAGGUAUAGUAUACCAGUAUAAUGAAACAAACAUUUAUUCAUCCCCCAUCCUUUUUUUUUUUUUUUUUUUUGAGAUGGAGUCUUGCUCUGUUGCCCAGGAUGGAGUGCAAUGGCACGAUCCUGGCUCACUGCAGCCUCCACCUCCCAGGUUCAAGUGAUUCUCCUGCCUCAGCCUCCUGAGUAGCUGGGAUUAUAGGUGCCUGCCAGCACGCCCAGCUAAUUUAUGUAUUUUUAGUAGAGAUGGAAUUUCACCAUGUUGGUCAGGCUGUUCUCAAAUUCCUCACCUCAAGGGAUCCACCCACCUCGGCCUCCCAAAGUGCUGGGAUUACAGGCAUGAGACACCACGCCCAGCCUCCCUAGUUAACUACAAUAUGCUUCAGAGGAGAAGUAUAGGAGCUAAGAGGAUGUGUGACAGGGAGUUCUGACCUAGGCUUGGUUUGGGGAAGAUUUCCCUGAGAAAGUGACCUUUAAGCAGAGAAGUGAAAGAAAAGGGGAGUUUGGGAAUUCUGCAGGGAUGAGCAUUCUGGGGUAUGGCAGUGCCGUGUGUAGGCAGGAGGAAACAGCACAUGUGGGGACCUAAAGAGGCCAGAGAGACUGGGACAGAGACAGCCAGAAGCAGAGUAGUUCCUUCUGGCUGCUGAGGCAGAUGGGGUUGGCUUGCACCGACCUUUAGUCUAUGUUAUGGCUCAUGCCACCUAGUUAAAUCGCUGUUUACUGACAGGCUUCAAGUGCUACCAUAAGGCCACUGACCUUGCUUACCCCGCCACAGCAGCAGCCUCCCCUGCAGACCCUGCACUGUCUCAUGUGGAAUAACCAUCCCCUCUAAAACCAUCUCCAGCAUCCCUCUGAUUCCUGUGCACCUGCUCCUUGACCUCUAAGCCCAUGGAGCUAACAUUUUUUCAAGAGAAUCAGAACCCUCGGGGUGCCAUGGUAAAUAUCCAGAGUCUGGCUCCUCUACCAUUCCAGAUUCUAAGUUGGAAGUUCCCAAGAAGAAUCCAAAAAUCUGGAUUUUUAAUUAGUACACUCUUUGAGAAACUGCUCUAUUUUUUAAAUUAUUUAUUAUUAUUAUUAUUUGAGAUGGAAUCUUGUUUUGUCACCUAGGCUGGAGUAAAAUGGCAUGAUCUCAGCUCACUGCACCACCUCCCGGGUUCAAGCCAUUCUCCUGCCUCAGCCUCCUGAGGGAUUACAGUAAAGACAGGUUUUCGCCAUAUUGGCCAUACCACUUCCGCUUGCGCUCCGUGCUGGUGCAAAGGAGCCUUCCAGGCGCCGGUUACAACAACACUUUCCCCUACUCCUGAGGCGGCUUCUCCGACAUGGACUUCAUGGUAGAUGAGAGUGGGCUCUGGGCCGUGUACACCACCAACCAAAAUGCGGGCAACAUCGUGGUCAGCCGGCUGGACCCGCACACCCUCGAGGUCAUGCGGUCCUGGGACACUGGCUACCCCAAGCACAGUGCUGGCGAGGCCUUCAUGAUCUGCGGUGUGCUCUACGUGACCAACUCCCACCUGGCCGGGGCCAAGAGCUACUUCGCCUAUUUCACGGAUACAUCCAGUUACGAGUACACGGAUGUGCCCUUCCACAACCAGUAUUCCCACAUCUCAAUCCUGGAUUACGAUCCCCGGGAGCGCACCCUCUAUACCUGGAACAACGGCCACCAGGUGCUCUACAAUGUCACCCUGUCCCACGUCAUCAGCACCUCUGGGGACCCCUGAGCCACUGCCAUGGCUCAGGCUGCUGCCUGGGGGGCCUCUGGGGGCGGUGGGGUGGGCCUUUCAUUCCGCCUGUAUCCCUCAAGGGUGAUCUCUCUCUGUCACACCAUCUCUCCCCCACUUUUUGCCGGGCUUUUGUUCUCUGCCUGUGUAUUUCCAUUUUCUCAAUAUCCACUCUUCUCCUUUAUUGAUCUCUGCUUUUAAAACAUCACUUCUUUCUUUCCGCCUUUUUGUGGAUGUCUUUCUUUUUAUGGCUCUGGUUCUCCAGUUCUCUUUCCCUGACUCUGCCUCUCUCACUCUGUCCUUCCAUCCCUCCCUCCUUGCUUCCCACCCAUUCCUCAUCCCUCACUCCACACCCCCACCCCCAGGAUUUGAGUGCAUGGAUAUGUCUCUUUUUUUAUUUACACUUUUUCUUUCCGGUUUGCCAGAAUAAACAGGACCUUUGACAGUAAAAACAAACAAACAAAAAAACUCAAACUCCUGACCUCGAGACUAAACUGCUGGGAUUACAGGUGUGAGCCACUGCACCCAGCCCACUUUAAAAAACAAAAAAACCAGCUUCUUCAGUUUUUUAUCACAAAGCUCUUGGCCCUUCUGUUUUCUCACUACUUGACACUUCCUUUUCUUUCCACCCUGUACUUCAGGGUCAUCACACCAACCCCUAUCUCAUCAGCACACUCCACCUCGCCUUUCACAAUCCUUUUCUCAAACCACACCCUGGAUCCAUCCAACCAUCUCCCGUCCCUUCUCUACUCUGAACACACGGGUUGAUGCU